CUUUCUAGCGUGCGCAACUUGCUAACAUCGCGAAGAAAAUGUGUUCGUCAAAACUUUUUAUUAUUAUUUCGUUUUUCGUUUAUUCCAAUUGUCUUCCACCGGAACGCAUUUCCGACAACAACGAAAUGAGAAAUAAAAACUACAUUUUGCAAGUAGAUCAAAAAGUGUUUCAACAUCACGCGAUGUCGUGUGGUCCAACCGUAACGGCGGCCGUUUUGCAACAUUUUGGUGGCAAUGCACAACUCGCAUGCGAAAACGAUUUGAUUUCCGACGUUGAGACGGCCUUUGUUGACGAUCCAACUCUUUUCAGAGCUGGAAGCGGCAUAGGAAACGUUCUCGACAUAUUGAAUCUCUACAUUCGCGCAUACGAAUUGAAUUCUCAGCGAUUUUACCAAUCCGUGGAAAUAACUAGUGUGGUGGAUUAUCUGUUUUUUAGUAGAUUAGUCUACAACAGUUUAAUAAAUAAUUCUCCCGUUUUAUUGGCCUUUGACGGUCAAUUGACAGAAAAUUCGCCGCGCAUUGCACAUUUCAUAUUGAUUCACGGUAUUACUACUGACGAUGACAGCGCUACUUUUUAUUAUAUGGAUCCGGACGGCGGCACGUUGGGAUAUUUUACGAAUGCCAAUUUCAGGCACAUGUUCCAGGGCACCAGUUAUCUCUUGUUUCAUUCCAGAAAUACGGAGGCACCGAAUCAACCUCAGCCUCAAGCCUGGCCGUGGGUCAACGUCUCUCCGGAACAUUUUCAAGACGAGGUGGAAAAUUUGUGCGAUAAUUUUUUCGCCUCGGUUUCGUUGCACUCGCGACAUUUUCUACGUAAAAAACGACACGACGCGGGAACAAAUAACGCAUUUGAAAUACAGCGCGGCCAUUGGCGUGAUUUUUAUAGAAUUCUUUUUCCAUACACCGUGGCCGGGAGAUGGUUUAUGUAUGGUCAAAAUAUAGCGAAAAAAGGCGAAAAGAAUUGGUUCAUUCAGGAAAUACGACACGAUGGCACAUUGGGCGACGAGACAGUCCACGGCAAUUGGAAUAAAAUAUACGAAGUUCAAUUUCCGUUCUCUAUCGGCGGCCGAACAUUUUUUUACGGCCAAACUAAGAAUGGCAACAAUUAUUUCAUACAGGAAUUGAAAGCUGAUGGUACAAUGGGUGACGAAACCUGUUACAGUAAUUGGAACGAAUUCUAUCAAGUGCAAUUUCCAUUUUCGAUUGAUAAUCGUCAUUACCUGUACGGUCAGAGCAUAGUCAAUGGGAGGAAUUGGUUCAUACAGGAAUUAAAAGCCGAUGGCACGAUUGGCAAGGAAACGGCUCACGAUUUUUUGGACGCCAAUUACGAGAUACAGUGCCCGUUUUCCGUUAACGGCAAGCAAUUUUUUUACGGUCAAAGUUUGCGAAACGAUCGCAAGUAUUUCAUAAAAGAAUUGCUGGCCGGUGGAAAGGUGGGUUCUGUCGUCGGACAGGGCUCGUGGAAAUACAAUAGCGAUCAUUACGACGACGUCUUGUCGUCACAUUCGUCGCUUUUCCAAUAUUCCAUCGACGGUGUCACAUUUUCUUUCGAGCAAUACGUCAAUAAAACCUGGGUCGUUCGCGAACUCAAACACUAAGUUAAAUUAAUUUUGUUUUUGAAAAAAAAAAUCAAUAAACAUCCAAAUUAAAUUUUUGUAUUUAUUAA